UUUUUUUUUUUCUCAUCAGAAUGAGAGGAAAGAUGCGAUUCUGGAGUAAAAGCAAACAGGGCGGGAAGAAAGUGUCCAGGGAGAAGCUGGCCAGCAGGAGUGAAAGUGCUGCUGAGACGCCCGGUAAGAGAUGUCCUGUGGACAACGGCGGUGACUGCCAAGAGCGUCCGUCCCCUCCUCGCAGUCCAGAUGCGGAGGCCUCAUCGCCGCGCGGGAGGCGGGACAGCAAGGAGAACAAGGAGCCGUCUCCCAAGAUGAAGCGGCGGCGCAGCCUCAAGAUCAGCAGCGUGGCCCUGGAACCCGCCCAGUGGCAGAACGACGCCUUGCACAUCCUCACCUCGGCUCACGACUAUCGCACCAUGAACGACUUCCUCCUGAAGAAGAUUGCCGACCUGGAGAGCGAAAACGGCAAGAAGGACACCAUGGUGGAUGUGGUCUUCAAGAAAGCCCUGAAGGAGUUCCGCAUCAACAUCUUCAACUCGUACUCCUCCGCCCUGGCUGUGAGUCCCUGAAGGAUUCUGCUUAUUUUGUUCAGCCGGAGGUUCGCAAACGUG